AUGCCCACGUACUCUGUUACUGCAAGAGGAAUUCAGUUACCAUGGGUUACCCUAUCAGUACGGGGACCAAGUGCCUCCCCUCCCAACAGCUCUAUAAAAAGAGUCUCUCCAAGAUACCCCAGCGGCUCCUGCCUACCCGUGCAGACGGGGAGGAACUUGGCCACGGGAAGAGAGGGAGGGCCGCCAGAGGAGGUGUCAGCAUGCCGUCUGCUUUCCAGUUUCAAUGCCACUUCAUUCUCAUCUUCCUGGCAGCCUCCAAGGGGGAAACCAGAUACCUAGAGGUGAGGGAUGCUGGUGAAGAUGAGCCCUUCCUACUCCUCAGCGAAGAUCUGAAGCGAGAGCUGUCUGCAGGGCAGAUCUACCGGCGAUCGCUCCGGUGCAUUGACAUGCUGAGUAUAGAGGGGCAGUUCACCUUCACUGCAGAGCAACCACAGCUGCACUGCGCAACCUUCUUCAUUGGGGAGCCCGAGGAGCUCAUCACGAUAGACUACAACUUUGUAAACAUCGACUGCCAAGGGGGUGAUUUCCUGAAGGUAUUUGAUGGCUGGAUACUCAAAGGAGAGAAAUUUCCCAGUUCCUUGGACCAUCCCCUCCCCACUUCCCAAAGAUACAUAGACUUUUGUGAAAGUGGCAAUAUUCAGAGGAGCAUCAGGUCAUCUCAGAACGUCGCAAUGAUCUUCUUCAGGAUUCACCAGCCAGGCAAUGGAUUUACCGUCACAGUCAAGAAAAACGCCAACCUCUUUCCUUGCAAUGUCAUCUCUCAGACUCCCUCGGGAAGGUUUACCAUGGUCAUUCCUCAUCAGCACAGAAACUGCAGCUUCUCCAUAAUCUACCCAGUGGUGAUAAAAAUAUCUGAUCUUAUCCUGGGACAUUUAAAUGGCCUCUUUUUAAAGAAACCAUCAGCAGGCUGUGCAGGAGUGGGAGAUUUUGUAGAGCUGCUAGGAGGAACUGGCUUAGACCCAUCCAAGAUGUUUCCACUAGCUGAUCUCUGUCAUUCCUUUCACGGGUCUGCCCAAAUGAAGAUUGGCUGUGACAAUACCGUGCUGCGAAUGGUCUCCAGCGGCAAACACAUCAACCGUGUGACAUUUGAGUAUCAUCAACUCAAUCUGCAGGAAACGGAAAACAGAAAGGAGAACAGCAUUGAGGAAUUCUGCUUUCCUAGUAUCUGA